CCAUCUUUAAAGAUGCAUGAGACGUCUUGAGAAACACAACAUUUAGAUGGAGGCUCUGCCAGGGAAAGUGUUUCUGUGUCAGAGAGAGUGAAAGACAGGGAGGGGCGAGGCUCGUGUAGAUGACAGUGAAGCUGCCACUAGUAGCAGUGAGGGCCCAAGUUAAAACAGAGUAAAGUGUCAGGACUGUUCACUCUGUUUGUGUGUGUAUGUGUGCAUGUGUGUGUGGGGCAGGUGGGGGGCCUCCACCUGCUGAAUGAACCCUGUCAGCGUCGGGGAGUACCAUGGGCUGCGAGUGGGCUCGGCCCUGCUCAGCAUUGUGGCGGGCUGCAUCAUCAUCGGGGUGUCCAGGGAGUGUGACGCUGAUGCUGUAGGAGGCAUCUUCCUGGGAGCGGGAGGCCUCGGCCUGCUCAUAUCGAUCUACCCCUUCAUAAAAGCCUGGCUGAACAUCAACCACAUUCUUCCAUCCUUUGGAAACUUUAGAGUGCACCCGACGUCUGCCAAUCCUGCUCCGGAUCAACCAGCCGAGACGCUAAGACGAGAAGGAACUCAGAGUCAAAUGAAUCUGGAACGUUCUAAGAGUCGUAUGGGGACAUUUGUGGAGGGAGGACCAGUGGCAGAGAUCAACCCAGAAGAGGGGACUUCUUCAGACAUGCCAGAUGUGUUAUCAAGACGGAAGCUAAAGCAGUCGCCUACUGAAGCAGACCUGCCAUGAUGUCAUCACAUGACAUGACUUUCUGUGAUAUUCUUGUAGGCAUGUACGCUGUUGAUAUGAAUCUUUUUGAUCCUUUCCCUUCUGCCCAGUUGUUGUAUCAUGUGAACUUGGCCUGUUAGUUGAGAUUACCUCAUCAUGUUGAUUUUGUGUGCUCUAAUAAAGAUCUGAACAUCAAA